AUGGCCUCCAAACAAGCUAAAAGAAAAGAAGUGCAUCGGAUCAAUUCUGCGCACGGAUCUGACAAAUCUAAAGAUCUCUACCCUUUUGGCAGCAAUGUGCCACCAGGUUCUGUGGAACAGAAGAAGGGGAAGUUCCCGAUCUGGCCAGAGUGGAGCGAGGCAGACAUAAAUGCGGAAAAGUGGGAUGCAGGCAAAGGAGGGAAGGAGAAAGACAAAACUGGCAAGAGCCCCAUCUUCCACUUUUUUGAAGACCCUGAAGGAAAGAUUGAAUUACCACCAUCCUUGAAAAUCUUUUCCUGGAAACGUCCACAAGAUUUUAUAUUCAGCCGACCUCCUGUAGUUGUGAAAAAUGAAAUCACGUUUGACUUGUUUUCACCAAAUGAACAUUUGCUCUGCAGCGAGCUUAUGAGGUGGAUUAUCAGUGAAAUCUACGCCGUGUGGAAGAUCUUCAAUGGAGGGAUUCUGCACAAUUACAAUAAAGGAAAUUCAGGAGAGCCUCCUAUGCUGCUCUGGAAGCCCUGGGAACACAUAUACUCUCUCUGCAAGGCCGUGAAGGGCCACAUGCCUUUGUUUAACAGCUACGGGAAGUAUGUUGUGAAGCUUUACUGGAUGGGUUGCUGGAGAAAGAUAACUAUUGAUGACUUUUUUCCAUUUGAUGAAGAUAACAAUCUAUUGCUUCCAACUACAACCUAUGAGUUUGAACUCUGGCCAAUGCUGCUGUCUAAAGCCAUCAUUAAGCUGGCAAACGUUGACAUCCAUGUAGCUCAGAGGCGAGAGCUGGGAGAAUUCACAGUUAUCCAUGCGCUUACUGGAUGGUUGCCUGAAGUCAUUCCUCUUCAUCCAGGGUAUGUGGACAGAGUUUGGGAGCUCUUGAAGGAAAUAUUGCCUGAGUUUAAGCUCACAGAAGAUCCCAGUUCUGAAAGCAAAAUCACAACGGUAGACAACAAACUGAAGGAACCCGGGAAAGAGACAAAGGAUGUCAAGGAAGUGAAGGAUGGAAAGGAAAUGAAAGAGGGGAAGGAUUUCAAAUCGGAAAGUUCCCUUACGACCCUGAAGGGUCCAGAGAAAGGCGACAAAUUUACCAAGGAGAAAGCAGAUGCAAAAGACCUUGGCAAGAAGAGGAAUAAGGAUGGAGAGAAGGAGAAGGAAAGAUUCAAAUUUUCACUCCAUGGUUCGAGACCCUCAUCUGAUGUUCAGUACUCUAUGCAGUCCUUGUCAGAUUGUUCCUCAGCAGUACAGACCCCUCAAAUGGUUGUAUAUGCUACCUUUACACCACUCUAUUUGUUUGAAAACAAGAUCUUUACAUUAGAGAAGAUGGCGAAUUCUGCAGAGAAACUUAGGGAAUAUGGGCUUUCUCACAUCUGUAGCCACCCUGUGCUGGUGACCAGAAGUAGGUCUUGUCCCCUUGUGCCACCCCCCAAACCUCCUCCCUUACCUCCCUGGAAACUCAUUCGCCAAAAAAAGGAAACGGUCAUAACGGAUGAAGCUCAAGAUACUGUACCGAAGAAGCCUGAGCAGUUUCUUGAGAUUUCAAGUCCAUUUUUGAACUACAGAAUGACUCCAUUUACAAUUCCAACAGAAACGCAUUUUGUACAAUCUGUUGUUAAGAAAGGGACACCUCUGGGAUCCAUCCUUCCUCCUCUUGUAGAAAAUGAGUUAAAUGCAAGCACCAGCCAAGGAGAGAUGAACAUGUUAACAGGACACCUGUCGCAGGGUAACCUUCCAUCACAGCCUAUCCCUGGAAAAGGUACAGAUGAACAGAUAGAGUUUUCUCUGGGUGAUACCCACCCACCUGAUGCUCAUAGUUUAGAAAAGGAUUUGAUGAGCAUGACCACAGCGACACAGGACAAGUCACAGGAGGACUUGGCAACAGUAAAUGAAGGUGCUUCCAGAGAAAUAUGGUUAGAUUUUGAAGACUUUUGUGUGUGCUUUCACCAUAUAUAUAUUUUCCACAAACCGAAUUCUUAUUGUCUUAAUUUUCAAAAGUCAGAAUUCAAGUUCUCAGAGGAACGUGUGCCCUACUAUCUAUUUGUGGACAGCCUGAAGCCUAUUGAACUGCUGGUUUGCUUUUCCGCUUUGGUGCGCUGGGGGGAAUCUGGAGCCUUAACAAAAGACAGUCCCUACGUGGAGCCUGGACUCCUGACAGCCGAAGCCAUCACCUGGAAGUCCCUGAAGCCUCUCAGUGCAGUUUUGAGGAUCCACACCUAUGCUACAAAGGCUGCCAUGGUGCGCCUGCCUGUUGGGAGGCAUAUGCUACUCUUCAAUGCGUAUUCCCCAGUGGGACACACCUUACAUGUCUGCAGCAUGAUGACCUUUGUCAUCGGGGAUGAAGAUGUCGUACUGCCCAACUUUGAGCCGGAGAGCUACCGAUUUACAGAACAGUCUGUAAUAAUUAUGAAAGCUAUUGGAAAUGUGAUUGCUAGUUUCAAAGACAGAGGUAAAUUGUCCGCAGCUCUGAGGGAUCUACAAGCAGCCCACUAUCCUAUCCCCCUCUACAACAAAGAACUCACUGCUCAGCACUUCAGGGUUUUCCACAUAUCAUUGUGGCGUUUAAUGAAAAAAUCUCAAAUAGCCAAGCCUCCUUUAAACUUCAAAUUUGCAUUUCGGGCUAUGGUUUUAGAAACGGACUUACUGGAUCCCCUCGUAGAGGAUGCCUCUUUAGCGGAAUGGGUAGACAUUAAAUAUUGUAUGCCAAUAAAUGAGAAGGAGUAUUCUCCCGAGGAAAUAGCUGCGGCAGUGAAAAUCCAGUCCGUGUGGAAAGGGACUUAUGUCAGACUGCUCAUGAAAGCCAGAAUGCCAGACACGAAGGAAAAUGCCAUUGUUUCAGAUACACUUCAAAAAAUUUGGGCAGUACUAGAGAUAAAUUUGGAGCAGUAUGCACUUUCUCUCCUAAGACUAAUGUUUAAAAGCAAGUGUAAGUCUAUGGAGUCUUACCCAUGCUAUCAAGAUGAAGAAACCAAGGUUGCCUUUGCUGACUACACGGUCAACUAUCCAGACCAGCCACCGAAUUCUUGGUUUAUAGUCUUCAGAGAAACGUUUCUGGUUCCUCAAGACAUGAUCUUGGUCCCUAAAGUAUACACUACACUCCCAAUCUGUAUGCUACAUGUUGUCAACAAUGACACGAUGGAGCAAGUGCCCAAGGUCUUCCAGAAAGUGGUGCCGUACCUGUACCCCAAGAACAAGAAGGGAUACACGUUUGUGGCUGAAGCCUAUACUGGUGACGCUUAUGUGUCAGGCGCGCGCUGGAAACUGCGGCUCAUUGGCUCCUACAACCCCCUUCCUUUUCUCUCCCGAGAGUCUCCGUGCAGCACCUUCACCAUAAAGGAGAUCAGAGACUACUACAUCCCUAAUGACAAGAAAAUUCUGUUCAGGUAUUCCAUUAAAGUGUCAGUGGCCCAGUGCAUUACAAUCCAGGUCCGCACAUCCAAGCCCGAUGCCUUCAUCAAGCUGCAGGUGCUGGAAAGCGAGGAGAUCAUGGUGAGCACCCUGGGCAAAGGACAAGCCAUCAUCCCUGCCUUCUACUUCCUGGGAAGUGAGAGAGCACUGAGCUCCCAGUCUAGCAAGCAAAUUCUCUUAUCUCAUACUUCACCUAAAAAAGAACCAGAAGUAAUGACAAAGAAAAAAACCGGGCAAAUAGGCCAGAAAUCCUUUAAGGGCAGACCUGGGAGUGUGGCGGUAGAGGUAGGUCUGCCCCUGCUGGAAGAAGAAGUUAUGAAUGUGCCUACUAUAGAAGAAAAUUCUAGCACACCACAACAGUGCUACAAGUACAUCAUACAGUGCUUGGUGAUGUUUAACAGCUGGCCUCUCACAGAAAUGCAGCAGGUGUUUGUUCAAGCACUAAAAGACUUAGAGAAAUUUGAUAGCAAAGCUCAUGUAGAGAAGCACGAAGAACUAACUACCAUAGGAAGCCCAGAUUCCCAUGCUGUCAGUGAAGGGCAGAAAUCUGUAGGGAUUUCCAAAACAACGCGGAAAGGCAAAGAUAAGGCUGCAGAGAAAGAGAAGUUGGCCAAGGAAAAGCAAACACCUCGCUUUGAACCUCAGCCAAUACCCACUGCUCACUCUCAGCAAGAAGAUCCAAACAAGCCCUACUGGGUUUUGAGGCUGGUUUCUGAAUACAGUGACUCAGACUAUGUGGAUGUGAAAAAGGACACGGAUCGGUCGGAUGAAAUACGAGCCAUGAAGCAAGCUUGGGAGGCCACUGAACCAGGGAGGGCUAUCAAGGCUGCACAGGCCCGUUUGAAGUACCUCAACCGGUUCAUCAAGAAGCCAUCUGAUGUCCCUGGCCAAGAAACUUUGUCUGCAAGCCAGACUCAAAUUAAAACCACAGAUGAAGGAGAAGUAGCAGGAGGAGCUGGGAAAGACGCAGACACCAAAGAAGUGCCACCACAUGCAGCAGGAAGUGCGCCGUUGAAGAAAGAAGACAUCAAAGAAGUGCCACCAUCUCCAGCACCUUCAACAGGAGGUUUGCUUUGGAAGAAGUGGCAGCUGUCCAAGGGCAUCAAGGAUCUGUCAAAGUCUACAGGCAGUGAUAGCAAAACAUCUGUAACAGGGAAGGAAGAGAAAGAGCAGAGUGCACCUAAGGAGACUGUUGUAUCCCGUGCACGAUCUCAGACAGUUCUGGAAACGUCUCCACGACUCAUUCGAAAAGCACUAGAAUUUGUGGACUUCAGUCAUUAUGUUCGGAAAACAAGUGACGAGGCUGUGCUGCAAACAGAGGAACUGAACAAGCAGCAAGCAAUGCAGAAGGCAGAAGAAAUCCACCAGUUCCGGCAGUAUAGGUCCCGAAUCCUUAGCAUCAGAGACAUUGAUCAGGAAGAACGUCUUAAGCUAAAGGAUCAGGUUCUAGAAACAUAUGGAGAGAUGCGGGAUUCAGUAGAUGAAGCCCGGCAGAAAAUCCUUGACAUCCGGGAAGAAUACAGAAACAAGUUACUGGAGGCUGAGCGCUUAAGGCUGGAGGCUUUGGCAGCCCAGGAGGCUGCAAUGAAGGUGGAGUCAGAGAAGAAGUCUCCAGUUUCUGACUCACAGAAGAAGAAGAAGCCAGGAAAGAAAAAGUGACCGAGAGGUCCUGUGGCACUCUCUUCUGUAGUGGAAGGAGUGUUGAAGGCGCUACCACUUUGCCUUUUGCUAAAACAUAGAACAGCUUAAACUGGAGAAAAU